GGACUGCAAGUACGGAGCCCAGCUAGCCCCACGCGGCCGUCGUCCGCCGCGCCGCCGCCGGCCGCCGCGAUGGCGCGCCGCCUUUUCUGCGCCACCAGAGCGCUCCUUCUUCCCGUCCCAGCUCCCGCGCCGGCGCCGGCUCCGGAUCCGAUAUCUUCUGCGGCGGCUGCGGAGGCGGCGGCUUCGCUCCUGCCACUGCUCCCCUGCAAGCGGCGCAAGAAGCUCCUGAAGAAGCUCAACAGCCCGCGGGUUGCGCCCAUCGAGCCGGAGGCCGCGCGCCGUGUUCCGGCACUCGACGCCGUACUCGACCGCGAUACGGCCUUCCGCUUCCUCCACCGCGCGCGCUCGUUCCUGGCUUCCCUCCCGCCUCCCCACCGGAUCCCCCUUUCCGAGGCCGGCAAGCUGCACCGCGAGCUCGGCUUCCCCCGUGGCCGCAAAGUGGCGCGCUCCGCUGCGCGCCACCCGCUGCUGUUCCACCUCCCCGUCGUGGACUCUGUCCCCCACCUCGCGCUCACGCCGUUCAUGCGUUCACUCCUCGAGGAAGAGUGCCGCAUCCACAACGCCCUCCUCCCGUCGCGGGGGCGCGCAGUCCGGAAGCUCCUCAUGCUCACCGCCCACCGCCGCGUGCCGCUCGCGAAGCUCCACCACUGCCGUGCGGUGCUCGGCCUCCCCGAUGACUUCCGAGACCGUGUCCGCGACUUUCCGGAUGACUUCCGCAUCGUCGUCGACCCCGCGGACGGCCGCCAUGUCCUCGAGCUGGUGCGCUGGGACCCCGCGCUCGCCGUCAGCGCGCUGGAGCGCGACUUCGUUGUGGACGAGCGCCGCGUCCGGCGCACGUUCCGCUUCGCCGUCCCGCACCGCCGGUUGAUGCCGCUCGACGCGGAGGACGCUGAUCGCCUCGACGCGGUGACCACGUUCCCGCUGGUCUCGCCGUACACCAACGGCGCGCUGCUCAAGCCAUGGACACCCGAGGCGGAGAAGUACCGCGUCGGGGUGGUGCACGAGUUCCUGAGCCUGACGGUGGAGAAGCGCGCGAUGAUCCACCACAUAGUAGAGUUCAAGGAGGAGUUCGGGCUCACUCGGCACAUGUACGAGUCACUGAAGAAUCAGAACCGCGCGUUCUACCUCGCCGGCACGGAGAUGAACUGGGCCCUGUUCCUCAGGGACGCCUACGACCAAAAUGGCGUGCUCAAGGAGAAGGACCCCCUCGUGCUGUUCAAUGAGAAACUGCAGCGUUAUGCCUGCAUGACCAAAAUGAAUUCUGGAGAGGCCAUGACUGAUGCUUCGGGCAAUCUGGCUUGACUGAAUAGAAUUAGAUUUCAGUUUGGUGGCUUGUGCCUUGUUCAUCUCCUACUCGACCAUUGAACUCGAAGUACAUGUCAGGUGACAUGCUCCGAUUAUGGUUAGUAGCCAUUCUUAAGCAGAAAAUGUACAAGGCAUUUUCAGGAGAGCUGCGUAUCUUUAUGUUAAUAGAGAGGGAGAAGGCCAACCCACACUGUUACACUAAAACAGAGGGGUUGCAGUACAGAAAGAUUACAAAAACACCGGUAAAGAUGUCGUCAUGGGAAUCAUUCCUAGUCCCCUUUCGAAUCUGAAGAUUACCCAUCUUUCGAACCAUUGACAUCAGGAGAUCAUAUUGGGGUUGACUGCCUGAAUACUUUACCCUCUAUACUCGUAGAAAUCUAAUGACAUGCACUUUUCACGAUAAAAGUUUCAGCGCAUGCAUUUGCAAAGCUCUGGAUUCGAGUGUUUGGCCAUAUGCUGUUGAAGCAGGUUAGUUCUCAGCAUUAUGCUUACUGCCUGGUGGGGGCUUCCGGGCUUGCCUCAAUUAGAUGUCCCCUUUUUAGGAAAAUGUGUUUUAAACCCAUUUAGUAAGAAAGGUUCCUGAUUAUAUGUAUGGUAAAGUGAUAUACUCCCUCAGUUUAUUGAUGUAUGACAUUUUUGUAAUUGACAUAGGUGACAAUAAAAGUACUUUUCACAUUGUAUUCAGUGAUAUUAUUUUAA